CCGGUUUGUCUCGGCGGUGCAGGUCACUCCCUCCGUGCUGACAGCAGCUCUCUCUACGCGGUUCAAACUUACAGUCGUACUCCUCGCCUCUUGCUGCCACAUAUUUCUCAGCGUUUGUGGACUUCUAAGAGAUAAAGUGUUUUUAUUUAGUGGUUGGAGUUGUUGCUCUCUACCGGGAGGACUUACCGUGUUUUCUACUAGUUGCAGAGCAGCGGGGGGAAAUGUCCAGCUGAGGACUGGGAAUCCUGAAAACCACAGGGCCUGUGUUUGUAAUGAUUGAUCAAUGCUUCAACAAUGGCGCAUAAGGCACAAGUUUUAUAUGACUUCACCGCUGAGGCUGGAAACAACGAGUUAACGGUCAGAGAAGGCGAGACUGUCACCAUCACCAAUGAGCACAUCGGAGGCGGUUGGAUUGAAGCACAGAACUCCAGAGGAGAAGUUGGACUGGUGCCAGAAGACUACAUCGAGUUAAAUAAGCAGUUCCCAGCGUUCACAGCAGCAGCAGCACCCUCAGCACCUGUGCCAAAUUUAGGAAAUGCUGCAGCUCAAGAUCUGUCCAUCUUCGACGCCUAUGCUCCACCGUCUGCACCUGCACAAAACCAGGCUAGUAACGGUAAUGAUCCCUGGUCGGUGUGGAACCAAGAUCCCUCAGGAGGGUCAAACAAUAACUGGGCUUCCAAUCCAGAGGGCACCCAGACUGGGAAGAAUGCUGCAGACCCAUGGGGUGCCGCAUCACAGGGCCACCCUCAGGCUUACCAGGGCCCAGGAGCAGAGGACGAUGAGUGGGACGAUGAGUGGGACGAUGUAAAGUCCACUGCUGAGUCAGAAUCUGGAGACAGUGGAGCAAUACAAAGAGGAGGAGCUCAUGGGUCCUCGAUGAAAAUCUCCCUCAACAACAGGUUUCCUGGGUUCUCCAAGUCCGGUCCGGAGCUCUACCUCCUCUGCAAGCAACUCCCAAAGGGCAAAGAGAAGUUACCGAUCUAUAUGGGGGAAGUUGGUCCUGUGUGGUCGUACCCUGAACAUCAGCUCGACUGUGUGGUCGCUGAUCCCAAGAAAGGCUCCAAGUUGUACGGCCUCAAGAGCUACAUUGAGUACCAAAUCACACCCAACACCACAAACCGACCUGUCAAUCACAGAUACAAGCACUUUGAUUGGCUCUAUGAGAGGCUUCUAGACAAAUUUGGUUCAGCGAUCCCCAUCCCCUCUUUACCAGAUAAGCAGGUGACAGGGCGAUUUGAGGAAGAGUUUAUAAAGAUGCGUAUGGAGCGGUUGCAAGGCUGGAUGACCAGGAUGUGCAGACACCCGGUUGUUUCCUGCAGCGAAGUAUUCCAGACUUUCCUCACCUACAAGGACGAGAAGGACUGGAAGAUGGGGAAGAGAAAAGCAGAGAAGGACGAGACAGUAGGAGUAAUGAUUUUCACAACGAUAGAGCCUGAGGCUCAAGAGCUGGAUCCUAUAGAAGUGGAGCAGAAAUGUGAGCAGUUCAGCAGGUUCACCAAAGCCAUGGAUGAUGGCGUGAAGGAAAUCCUCACUGUUGGCAAUGAGCACUGGAAGAGAUGUACAGGCCCUUUGCCAAAAGAGUACCAGAGAAUCGGUAAAGCCUUCCAGAACCUUUCUUCUGUUUUCAUCAGCAGUGGAUACCAAGGUGAGGCAACCCUGACUGAUGCCAUGACAGCAGCGGGAAAGACGUAUGAGGAGAUCGCUCAGAUGGUGGCAGAACAGCCCAAGAAAGACCUCCACUUCCUCAUGGAGACAAAUAACGAAUAUAAGGGUCUUCUUGGAUGCUUCCCAGACACCAUUGGAGUUCAUAAGGCUGCCAUAGACAAAGUGAAAGAGGCCGACAAGCUGGUGGUCGCCAGUAAAAUAACCCCUCAGGAGAAAGUCACCAUGGCUAAACGAGUCAGCACCAUGUCUUACACAUUACAAGCUGAGAUGAACCACUUCCACAGCAACCGCAUCUAUGACUACAACAGAGUCAUGCAGUUGUAUCUGGAAGAGCAAGUCAAGUUUUAUGAGACGAUUGCUGAAAAACUGAAACAAGCACACAGCCAGUUCACUACAAUGUGAUCACAACUGCCCUCAGUCUCCACUACAAGACAGGAAGAGUCAAACCAGCUCAACAUUCAAAAUAUUGUUGCUUAAUUCAGCAUUCUGCUCCCUACUUUUAAUUGUAAUUUCACUUCUCUUUCUUUCUUUCCCUCUUACCUCAUCUCUUCCUCUUCUGCUCAGGCCAACAGGCACAGCUCCCGGUGUUUCAUUUAUCCGCUGCUCUCAGACGUUUAUGGACAGUUACUGAGCAUGUGCAGCAGCUGUAAAAUGCUUUGACACCACAACAAAAUGUGAUGUUUGCAAUCAUCAGAGACAUACUUUCCUGAGGUUUCUAGCUUGUGACAGUGAAGGUAAACAUGCACGUCACAUUUUAUGAACCUAAGUCAAACUUGAUAGUUUCUCUGAUUUCAUGCAAAACAUAACUUUGUAGAACCGUGGAUGCAAACAUGCAUGAGCUUGCAAUUUAACAUAACAAUAUUGGCCUUUUUAAAUAUUUUUCAAUGCUAAAAAUGAAGGCAAAGAAAUGAUAACAAAACUAAUUCAACAAAAACCAAAGCCAUCCUCUCCUCUAAGAGCUCAGCAGGGGGGUUCAUUUCUUAAUGCAGCAAUUACAUAAAAUCCAAGCUUUAUGUUUUUUUAAGCCAGUUUUAGGCCUGUUUGGGUUAUCUUUGUCUCGUAGUUAACUUUUUAGAGUCCAAACAUCUUCAGCGAGCACUCUUUCAAGUCUUGCACGAGUUUGUGUCCUCUUCAUGUUCACUGGUGGGAGUCUUUAGCCCCCCCUUUCUUCCUGCACUUCCUUUAAAAGCUAACAGGAAUCUCCACCCUCGUCCUGUCUUGCCCACGUGCCUUAUCUUAUUCCUUUGAGGAAAAUGGGAACUGUAGGCUUUGUUAUGCCACCCCCAGCCUGCGUACCAUGACACUGCAGUUUACAAUUCAAAAGAGGACAAUUGCGGGAUUAAUGACACUCAAGUUGGGGUUUAUUUUUUGAAGCGUUAAUGAUUUAAACAGUCUCUCUGUCGGUUGUCUUGAAGAAUUUUUGUCCUUUUUUCAACCAGAUGUUGGUGUUUUAUAUGAAGGUGACACAGUGAUGUGAUUAAAUGAUUCUACUAGAAGGAGAGUUCAGGGUGGAGACAUGGUUAUGUCAUAUUAUGCAGUUUUGCUUUUCACUGCCCACUUUCAAUCAGCCUCUAAUCUUAUUCACCCUUUGUUUUCUUAUCACUUCAUACAUGAAAAAUAUACAUUUAUAUAUAUUUACAUAUUCUAUCAGACUUAUCAGGUGCUUCUUGUCACUGAGAUACUAUUUUAUGUAUAGAAGUAUUUGCAAUACAGUGUAACUCAAAGAGCAAAAAUUCUGUUUGAUUUAUUAAACAAUGAUUUGUACUCACUGGG